GGUCUGCCCGCCGCGCUAUUUCCCGACGUCCGGACUCGGAGAGGGCGGCGCGCGCUGCGGACGGCCCCACCCCCCUCGUUCAGGCGAAGGCGUUUCGAGAACGCAAAGCGCGGCCCCAAGGCGGUGGUGCCUCUUGCUCCGUCACCCCUCUGAGGGACCCGAAGGCGAAUCCCCGGGCCGCCGAAGAAGCGGCUGUGGGCUUCCGACGGGGCGGGCGGCCUCGCGGGCUGGCGGGCUGGCGGACGCUCACGGCUGGGGGCCCUGGGGCCGGAAGGCGCCCAGCCCCGCUCAGCUGCUGGCCGGGGGCGUGGCGAUGCCGCCGGCUUCUGUUUUCUCCGGGCCCGGCGGAGCUUUCGGUUUCGUUUCCGGCCGUCUCCACCCCGCGGGAGCCGCCUGCGCCCCGCCAGUCCCCGGCCCGACGGCCAUGGCGCCGCCCGCCCUCCUCCGCGAGGUGACCCAGGUGCUGUGUGCGGCCGGGGGCGCCUUGGAGCUGGAGGAGCUGCGGCGCCGCGUGCGGCCGAGCGUCGGCGGGGACGUGCUGGAUCGGCUGCUGCGGGAGCACGGGCGCUUCGCGGUGGUGCGGCGGGCGGCCGGGGCGGGCGCGGCGGCGGCCGUCGAGCGUGCGGUGCUGGCCGUGUCGCCGCUGCGCGUGUGCGGCGCGUACCAGGGCCCGAAGCCGGGCUGCGUGGGGCUGUGCACGCAGCUGCACCUCUGCAAGUUCGUGUUCUACGGCAAGUGCAAGUUCCUGAGGGACGGGAAUGACUGUAGGAGUAGUCACAGCUUGAUGUCCGAUCACAACGUGAGCGUGCUGAAAACCCAUGGCGUGGACCACCUCAGCUACAGUGAGCUCUGCAUGCUCUUGUUACAGAACGAUCCCUUGCUCUUGCCAGAGAUCUGCCUUCAUUACAACAAAGGAGAUGGACCCUAUGGCUCUUGUUCCUUUAAAAAGCAAUGUAUCAAACUCCAUGUCUGCCAGUAUUUUUCACAGGGUGAAUGCAAAUUUGGCACUGGCUGUAAGAGAUCCCAUGAUUUCUCUACUUCUGAGAACCUGGAAAAACUGGAGAAGUUGGGCAUGAGGUCACAGCUGGUGAGCAGGCUGCCUUCCAUUUACAGAAAUGCUCAUGCCAUCAAGAAUAAGAGCUCUGCCUCCAUCAGAGUGCCACCUCCUCCCUCGAGGUCACAGGGGGCUUCUGAAAGAAGAGACACAGGUUCUGUGUCCUCAAACAUUGCCAACCAAGAGGAGAGUGAUCAGAUCUGCUUAUUUCAUAUUUGGAAGAGUUGUAGCUUUCAAGAUAAGUGCAGUAGAGUUCAUUUCCAUUUGCCAUAUCGAUGGCAAGUCUUAGAUGGAGGCAAGUGGAAGGAUUUGCACAAAAUGGAGCUUAUUGAAGAGGCAUAUAGCAAUCCUGCAAGAGACGGGGUCACAUGCACUGAGACAGCCAGUAGUUUUCUCACUGGUUUUCUGAACUUUGACUCCAUGACGUUUGGUGCCAACCGGGCUCGCCGCCUCUCCACAGCCUCCUCGGUCACCAAACCUCCACACUUCAUCCUCACCACUGACUGGGUUUGGUACUGGACUGAUGAGUUUGGCUCUUGGCAGGAAUAUGGAAAACAAGGCAUGGAGCACCCCAUGACCAGCGUCCACAGCAGCGAUUUGGAGAAGGCCUACCUGGCGCACUGUGCCGCGGGGUCUGACCCCCAGGCAGCCACUCUGAGGUUCCAGGCAGGAAAGCACACGUAUGAAUUAGACUUCAAAGCCUUCAUUCAGAAAAACCUGUUCUAUGGCACAGCUAGAAAGGUUUGCCGGAGACCCAAGUAUGUAUCUCCCCAGGAUGUGAAGAUGAAGCAAACCUGCAGUGUCAAUUCUCAAGGCCUAAAGAGCAUCCCUGACCAUUGGGACCACACGGCCCUGCCGGACACUGGCUUUAAGAGGAUCGCCCUUCCUUUGUCCUCAGAAGAGUUUCAAAAGGUGUGGAACCUCUUUAGCUGUACGAUGCCUCUUCACUACAUUCAGAAGAUCGAGCGGGUCCAGAACGUGGCCCUCUGGGAAGUCUACCAGUGGCAAAAGGAGCAGAUGCAAAAGAGAAAUGGCGGGAAGACGGUGGAUGAGAGGCAGCUGUUCCAUGGCACCAGCACCAGUUUCGUGGAUGCCAUCUGCCAGCAGAACUUUGACUGGCGGGUCAGUGGUCUUCAUGGUACUUCCUACGGCAAGGGGAGCUACUUUGCCCGGGACGCCGCAUAUUCCCACCACUACAGCAAAACUGACACCCGGUCCCACAUGAUGUUCCUGGCUCGCGUGCUCGUGGGUGAAUUCGUCCGAGGCAACGCCAGCUUUGUCCGCCCCCCGGCAAAGAAGGGCCAGGGCAGUGUCUUGUACGACAGCUGCGUGAACAGCAUGUCUGACCCCUCCAUCUUCGUGGUCUUCGAGAAGCACCAGGCCUAUCCAGAGUAUGUCAUCCAGUACACUGACUCCGCCAAGCUCGCAGCCGCCGCCUCCGCCAGGCCCGCAGCCGCUGCCUCUACCAAGCCCACUGCCGCCGCCUCCAACCUGUUCUCCUUGGCUGCUUUCUUCGGUGGCCAGCAGUGAACACCCCAAUGGUUUUAUGCCUUUUUGGCUGAUCUUAUUUGAAAUAGCUAUUAGGGAAAGUUUUUUUUUUUUUUUAACAGAAAACUUUUAAUGAACUGUUCAUUUAACAUUGACUUCUUCUUUUUUUUUUUUUUUAAUUUUUUUUUUGGGGGUACACCAAGUUCAAUCAUCUGUUUUUAUACACAUGUCCCCGUAUUCCCUCCCUUCCUUGACUCCCCCACCCUCGAGUUCCCCCCACCCUCCCCGCCCCUAACAUUGACUUCUUAAUGAAGUUACAUUCUUAAUCUCUGGCUGAUAAUAUGUUCACUUUUAAGUCACUUUUGGACUCGCCAGUAGUGAUUGUAGGCGAACCCAUUAUUGCUUUUUACUCAGGUGUUAAAGUUUUAGUUUUUACUCUUUGUUGACUUUGCCGCAGAUUGGCACCAGGCACAGAGUUUCCAGACACUAUUUUAUGGAUUGGUUUUAAUUUUCAGGAGUUACUGUCUCUUCAGUGGUUUGAUUUUUCAGGGUCUUGGUGGCACCUGGUUUUGUUCUUGUCAGAAUGGCACAGUAGCCAUUGGUGCAAGAGAUCCUGGGUCACGGGCCUGGCGAGGCACAGUCGUCGUGUCUGUUGCCGUGUCUCCAAUCUAGGCAGCUCUUCUGCUGCUUUUCCUAGGCUUCCAGCCUUGAAAUUGGCCCAUAUAUCAUGUUGUUAGGACCAGUGGCUAUUGUCCUUUGGUGUCAUUGAGUCUCUGUCGGUCUCCCUUAGUCCUGGCAGCGGUCAGUGUCACCCAGGAAGUGCGUUCACCCUGGCAGGUGUCAAGGAUGAGUGGCUCCCCCCCAGGACCUGGCCUGGCCCGUGAAUGCCUACCCCUGCCUCUACACCGAACGCCCUCUGAACAAGGGUUUUAUGUCUCCAUGAAAUCUGAAUACCUGUGCUGCAAUGUCACAGCAGAGUCUGGGAAUAAAAGAAUAUUUAUCUGA